CCUCUCUCUCUCUCUCUCCAUCCACCUCUCUCUCACUCUCCCUCUCUCUUUUUUCUCUGCUCUCCUUUCUCAAAAAAGCCAUGACGGCGAUCCCGCGAUCCAUCUUCGCCUCCGCGCCAUCUUUGUAUUAUUUCUAAUUAAUUUUAUUUUUUUCUUGUGGAUGUCAAAGGCGUUGGAUGAGGACAUUUUUUGCCCCAGCGGAGUCUCCUCUCUAACCCCGGCUCUCCCCGAUGUGAUCCGCGUUGAACGCCGCAGCCGCCAGCCACCAUGUCUCGCCGCAAGCAAGGCAAACCCCAGCACUUAAGCAAACGGGAUUUUUCGCCAGCUGAGCCCCUCUCCACGGCCGUUGUCUCAUCAGAGGUGCUGUCGGAGCGCUGCUUGGAGCAUUCAGAGGACAGCGGCAACCUCAACGGGCACCAUCUAGGUUCGACCGUGGGCCGACUGGCCCGGCUGGCCCGCUUGGGUCACGAUGCUCACCCCUCUCUGGAGCAGGACCUGCUGACAUGCGGUCAGUGCCAGGCCACCUUUCCCCUGGCGGACAUCCUGCUCUUCAUUGAGCACAAGAGGAAGAGAUGUCAUGGGCCACCAUGCCUGGCGGUGGGAAGAGGGCUGGACAAGCCCCCUUCGCCUUCUCCUGGCCUGGCUCUCACCCCGUCCCCCAGCCUGGCUUCCCUGCGUAGUCGGAGGCCUGUGGAAGUGGGUGUCCAGGCCACACUGGCAGAUGAGGAUGAUGACCGACUCACGUCACCCAGGGGGAUUUGCCCCAAACAGGAGCCCCUCCCAGGUAAGGAGGAGCCAACCACCUAUACCUGCACUACAUGCAAGCAGUCGUAUGGCAGUGCCUGGUUCUUGCUGCAGCAUGCUCAGAAUACCCAUGGUUUCCGUAUCUACCUGGAAAGUGAACAUGGCAGCCCUCUCACACCUCGCAUGGGUGGGCCCUCCUCCCUGGGUGGAGGUGCAGACUGCUCUUCUCAGCCUCCACUUCAUGGCCUCCAUUUGCCUCCCGAUGCAAGCCCCUUCAACCUGCUCCGCAUCCCUGGCUCGGGCUCAGGUGGUAGGGACAGUGCUGGAGCAGGGGGUACAGUUGGUGCCACUGGCACUGCUGGUGGGGCCCAUCAUCAGCGUUUUCCUCCCACACCACCCCUUUUCAGCCCCCCUCCAAGGAAUCACUUGGACCCCCACCACUUGAGCCCAGAGGAGCUGGCGCUGGCAGCCCACCACCCGAGUGCCUUUGACAGGGUGCUGCGCCUCAAUCCUCCUCUGCCCCUGGACCCCCCUCCAACAAUGGACUUCUCAAGGCGACUACGGGAGUUGGCGGGCAACACCUCAGGAUCCACUCCCCCACUAUCCCCCAGUCGGCCCAGCCCAAUGCAGCGCUUGCUCCAGCCAUUCCAGACAGGGGGAGGUAGUGGAGGAACAGGGGUUGUAGGGGGUAAUAAACCUCCAUAUCUUGCUACCCCACCCCCUCUUCCAGGCUCCAUGCAGUCACCUGUGGGCUCUCAGACGACUCCUACAACCCCUCUCCCCUCAUCGGGGGUAACACCCUCUUCCACCACCCCAAUGAAAUCAAAGUGUUGUGAGUUUUGUGGCAAGGCCUUCAAGUUUCAGAGUAACCUAAUAGUGCACCGACGCAGCCACACAGGAGAGAAGCCGUACAAAUGUCAUCUCUGUGAUCAUGCUUGUACGCAGGCUAGUAAACUGAAGCGCCACAUGAAGACGCACAUGCACAAAUCCUCCUCACCAAACACAGGCAAGUCAGAGGAUGGGCUCUCAACAGCCUCCUCUCCAGAGCCUGGCACCAGUGAACACAUGGCCAGUGCAAGCAAUGCCCUUAAGUCAGUUGUGGCCAAGCUGAAAAGUGAGACUGACCGCAUGCUACGUGAGAAUGGUGAGGAGGAGGAGGAGGAGGAGGAAGAGGAAGAAGAGGAAGAGGAGGAAGAGGAGGAGGAGGAGGAGGAGGAGGAAGAGGAGGAGAGAGAGGAAGAAGAAGAGCAAAAUGGAUUAAGGACAGCCAGAAGAAACAACAGUUAUCAUUUUGGCUUGAAUCUUGAACCAGCACGUCAGCAUGAAAACAACGGCAGUAUCGGAAGCCGACUGGAAGCAGUGACUGAUGAGGGGUCCAUCCCUUGUUCAUUGCCUGAGGUGAUGCAGGGGAUGGGUCUGGCUGCUACCAUGCAGCACUUCAGUGAUGCCCUAAACGCACACAAACGGAAUGCCAUGGUCCAAGAGAACCACCUGCACCAUCACCUCAAUCGAGACCAUCACCACAAUCACGAGAUGUGUGAUGGGGGCUCAGUUCUGGAAACAGAUCGUGGGGAGGAGGGCUCUGUCUCAACAGUGAAUGGGCGAGGAGCAUCCCCUAAUGAAUCUGCCUCUGUUGGACUCUCUAAGAAACUGCUUCUGGGUAGCCCCAGUCCACUCAGUCCUUUCUCCAAACGCAUCAAGCUGGAAAAGGAAUUUGACCUGCCCACUCCCACAAUCCCUAACACAGAGAAUGUCUACUCACAGUGGUUGGCUGGCUAUGCUGCCUCCCGACAGCUCAAGGACCCUUUUCUGAACUUUGGGGAUUCCAGACAAUCGCCCUUUGCCUCUUCAUCUGAGCAUUCAUCAGAGAAUGGCAGUCUGCGUUUCUCAACCCCUCCAGGGGAACUGGACGGUGGGAUGUCAGGUCGUAGUGGUACAGGCAGUGGGGGCAGCACACCGCACCUCGGGGGUCCUGGAAGACCCGGCUCCAAGGACGGCCGUAGGAGUGAUACUUGUGAGUUUUGUGGCAAGGUGUUCAAGAACUGCAGUAACCUAACAGUGCACCGGCGCAGCCACACAGGGGAGAGACCAUACAAGUGUGAGCUGUGCAAUUAUGCUUGUGCCCAGAGCUCCAAACUUACACGCCACAUGAAGACCCAUGGUCAGGUUGGCAAAGACGUGUACAAGUGUGAAAUUUGCCAGAUGCCAUUCAGUGUCUACAGCACUUUGGAGAAACACAUGAAAAAGUGGCACAGUGACCGUCCUUUGAGUACCGAAAUAAAGUCAGAGUAGAAGGCAGAACUAUGGGACCUUUCCCCCACAGCUAUGUGCACCAUUAGUCCCGUGUUUAUUCCCAGCUCCUUGUACAUUUGCCCCAACCCCCACACUCCACUUUCACCAGUUUGGUGGAAGUUUAAGACCAUGUGCUCUGCACCAGCACACCCCGUUUCCAUUACCCAUUGAAUGCAUGAUCUGUAUCGGGGCAAUACUCUUGCAUUAACGCAAAACUUCGAGCCUUUCUCUUGUGCAAUAAUUUACAUGUUGUGGACUAGUUUCUUUUUUGAGUUUUCCUUUUUCCAUUUUUAAGAAUUAGUCAGCAUGCAUAGUAUGUUUUUGCUAAUCAAAAAAGAAAAGAACUUGUCCCUGGUUGGUUAGUUGUUGAGUAAAUGUGUUGAUGUUUUUCUCUUGUUCUGUUUUUCCUUUUUAUUCUACACAAAGAUAAAAGACAAGAAAGAUACUUCCAUGCUGCAUACAUUCUGUAACACAUACCAUGUACAAUUUUGUUUUGUAACAUGGAAAGUGAACACUCUAUGAAUAGACCCUCUUCUUAGAACCCUGGAAAUGCACCUAUCUGGAUCUUUCUAAAAGACAGUGUUCACAGGGGUUUUAAAAAUCAUGCAUUGGCUUGAUGACCUAAAGCGAAAGUAAUGACAGCUUUCAAUUUUAUUUUAAAAAGACAAGGGUGUGCUAAGAAUUCAAUGUGUACUAUCAUUUGGUAGAAUAUGAAAGAGUGCCUUCGAUAUCUCAAGUCUGCAUUGGCCAUAAUCUUAUCUGGUAUAAGUUUGGGGUCCACUAGAUAAAGGUAAAAGGUUUAAGCCACCCAGGAAAGGUUCUUGUAUCAAGCACCUGACUGCUCAAAUGGACUGUGACAACUCAUGAUGAAAGGUCAGAGUUCUCAUUAAUCAUCAUUUAGCUACCUAUUACAUGUUCAGUAGGCUAUGUUUAAUAUGUGGAUUUCAUGAAAAGCAUGGUACAAGCAGUAUUGUGUAUAUCUGAAUUAUUUGUAGUUUUGGUUCUGGUAAGGAGGUACUUUUGAGAUAAAGGUAAUCUGUAAUGUACAAUCCUGAACUUAAGGGAUACAGCGCAUGGCUGAGAAGUGUCAUGUAUCUGCGUUAGCACAAACAUAAAACACUGCUUCAAUAUGUCAGUGUGUGGAACAAUGCAUAAAGUAAUAUAUGAGCUACAAGAGAGGCUAACUUUAUUUGACAGUAUUGAAGUAACUACAAGCUGGACAGACAGAAAGCUACUCAGAACUGGAAGCUGCGUACGUAUUAUGGAGAUCAGACCACAAUUUCUUUCCCUUACAUUUCUACUAUCAAAACAGGGUCAUCAACUCUGAAUUUCAGUAAAAAGACUGAACAGCAAAAAAUAAAAAAAAAUAUUUGUACUCCAGGUCUCUUAAAUGAAAAUGUGAUCAUGUUAAUCAGGAUGCAUAGACUAAUGCAGGGCACAUUCUUUCUUUCCUGUUGCUUUUAAUGCAAAAUGAGUGUUUUUUUUCCUUUUAUUCCAGCUGUUCAUAGCAUAGCACUUAACACUCUGCCAGAGCGUAUGGACAUUUCUCUGUCAUUGUCCCGCAUUGAUGCAAUGUUGGUACAUGGGUUGAGUCUAAAAGCUAGAUUGUCAGUUAUAGAAGUGCACUGUUUAAAUUUUCCCAGUUUACAAGUUUACACUGAAGGGUAAAACAUUCUUGAAAUGCUGUUGAAUGACAAGGGUUCCAUUGUUAAAAGCAGUAAAAGAUGGCACAAUCUGUUGUCAGCAACUCCAGCCUCAUGACCCUUGAUCUCUGUACUCUUGCUGUUUCAUCUUUGAUCAUUUGUCAGUUUAUUACCCCUAGGAACCCCAUGUCUUAGCACCUGGGCUGAAAAUUCACUCUGUCAUCAAGAUCUGUAAAUUUAAAGAUUUGAUAUGUUUCACAAUUAAUUGGUGCUGCUACAUUGUCGCACAACAGAUCAGCUCUCAUUGGCCACAGCAGCACCAAACAUCCACAAUUUGAAGGAGCUGCAUUGUCACAUUAUUGAUCUGUAUAUCUAAUUUAUAGAACUUGAUGGCUAGAGUACAAACACUCAAAUUUUGUUACACAGCAAAAAUCUGUUUUUGUAUAAAUCUUCCUUUAAUUAUAGAUAUGAAAAUAAAAGUCUUUGCAAAUAACACUUCACUAUCUUUUAGGGGAAAUUGUAUUUAAGUUUUGUUGUUGUUUCUCCUUUCAUCAGUGUCUCGGUGGUGUUCAAGACUCCAAUCACAGUAUAUAUGAAAUGAUUAAAAAAAGAUGAAAAAAGCAAAACAAAUAAAAACUUCUGUGAUGGUUUUGUAUUUAAUUUUGCCUUGGCUCCUCACAGCUCUUCAGGUUGAAAUACAAUUUGCAUUGGGGAAAAGGAUUAAAAAUAUAUAUGAAUAUAUAAUAAAGAACUUAAAAUAUAGGAAAAUGCACACUCAUGUCGAUUCCUAUGCUUAAACACAUUUAUGAUCUACUUUCUUCUGUAUUUCUAGAAUUGUAUUUGAAUUCAAUGUUCACUUAGAGUAGGCACUAUAGUAUUUAUAUUGAGGCUCGUAUUUUUAACUGUUGCUUGUUCUCUCAGAAGGUAUUUACUGUACCUUUUUUUGGUAGUGGAAAAAAUCCCAUGCUGCCACAGUAUAUUUUUUUUAUUUGGCAGGAUAAUAUAGUGCAAAUUAUUUGUAUGUUUAAAGAAAUAAAAUGAAAAACCCCAUAAAAAAGUAUCUAAAUUAUGUGGCAUUGGGAGGCAUCAUGGGCCAUCAGAUGGCUGCCGCUCUGUUUCCUGUCCACAGAGGUGGUUGUAUAUAUCUUCUUUGGAUUUUGGUCCUUUCCGCCCCCCGCCUCCCCGCCUGCUGCCAUUCUUGCAGUAAUGCAAGCUGACGUCGACCUGUUCUGUUGUGUGCUUCUGUCUCUCACCACUCCCACUUGAC